AUGGCGGAAGAUGUACUGAAGUCUCUAAUUACCAUAAACCGACCUGUGCAUAAAUCCAUUUGUUUGGGGAAAGUGCUAUGUCCUCACAACGAAUGCUAUGCGAAUCAAAAAUUUUUUGACGAAAAUGGUAUUUGCCAUCACUUUCGCGUAAAACACAAGCAAGAAUUUACAACAACAGACAGAGUUGAAUCUCUUCGUCUCAGCAGAUUGUAUUAUGAACAAGAAACAAGCGAUUGCAUCAACCAAAUAUUUGAUCGGCGAAAGGUUAUAAAGGAUAAAAAUCAUAGAGAAGUUACUGUUUCAUAUUCAGGGCGUACUCUGAAGUGCCUUGCAGACGAUGAACAAGAAGCUGUUCAAUUCAUGUGUAUUUUACUAUAUCAUGGUGGAAUAUUAAAGUCAUAUUGCAAGGGUGACGAACCAUGCGACGUGUUGGCAACAAGUGAGGAGUUGCAAGUAAAAUUCCAUUGUUGGUACAUAAGGAAAGAUAAUAACCAUGGUGUAGAUUUUCAAAUGGAAGCAUUUUAUGUUAAAAGGGAACCUAGACCUAUUGUCAAUGAGUGGAUCCCUGAAACAAUUAUUCCACAAGGCAAUGGAUCAGAAGAAAGAGCUCCCAAUCAGCAAAGUAGUGACACUCACUUUGAUAUCUUACAAAAUGUUUUUGGUCAUGAAAAUUUCCGGGGAAUUCAACGAGAUGUUGUGAAGGUUAUUUCAGGAAAUAAAGAUGCAUUGGUAGUAAUUCCUACAGGUGGGGGAAAGUCAAUCUGCUACUGGGUUCCUGGUUUAGCAGUAAAUGGUGUAUCUGUGAUCAUAACUCCUUUGAUGGCUUUGAUGAAUGAUCGAAUUUCAAAGUUAAAAAGGAUUGGAAUUAGUGUGUGUUAUGUUAAUUCUAGUAUGGCACCAUAUUUAAGAGAAGUUGUAUUCCAUGAACUGACCUGUAAAUCAACGCAUUACAAGUUUUUUUAUCUUACUCCUGAGUAUGCAUUGUCUCCACCUGCUAUAGCAACAUUUAAAACUAUGGCUGAAAAUGGAACAUUGCUCAGAUUUGUUAUCGAUGAAGCACAUUGUGCUGACAUCUGGGGACAGAAUUUUAGACGCUCAUAUGGCCAGCUGUUAACACUUAAGGAGUUCAAUAAACCAAUUGUUGCAUUUACAGGGACAGCAACUAGCCAAACAGAAAAAAGAAUUGUGACAAAAUUGGGUUUACUUGAACCUGUAAUUCUUCGAUCCAGCUGUGACAGGAAAAACCUAUUUUUCAAGGUUGUUCCAAAAAGUGGACCUCAUGCUAAGGAGGAUGUUGUGAAUUACAUUAUUGAUAAUUUCAAACAAACAUGUGGAAUUGUUUUUUGCUCAAGCACAAAGGACACAAUUGAGUUAGCCUAUUUAUUUAAAUCAAAAGGUUUAGCAACAGUCUAUUACCAUGGUCAACUUGACUUCUUUGAAAAAACAGAAAAUGCUAGAACUUGGCUAUCAGGAGCAGCAAACAUUAUGUGCGCUACGAGCGCAUUUGGGAUGGGUGUAGAUAAACCGAACGUUCGUUUUGUUGUUCACCUUACCAUACCCAAAACAUUAGAAUGUUAUUAUCAAGAAGCAGGAAGGGCUGGGCGAGAUGGAGAGAGGGCAGAUUGUGUUUUGAUGUUUCGAUUCGAAGAUAGAAAUAAACUGCUACAAUUAAUUCUCAAGUCAAGCGUUGAGGAACAAGUGGAGUCCCAGAUAAAUGGAUUGAAUCAAGUUGUUUCUUAUGGUAUGUCAUCUUUAUGUAGACGAAAAAUCAUAAUGGAUUAUUUUGAUGAUAAAUCUAAAGUUGUCUGUGAUAAAAACUGUGAUAAUUGUUUGAAAAUGCCCCCAACACAACGAAAUCUAACAAAGGAAGCUAUCAAUAUAUGCCAAUGUGUAAAAGAAAUGCAAUCUGUAAAUGCCAAAAUCAGUGUGAAACAGCUCGCUCUAACCUUCAAGGGAUCGAAGUCCAAACGUGAAGUUGAAAGCAAAGGCUUUCACCUUAUUCCAGCUUAUCGCAUUGGGGAAAACGCAUUUAAGAAUGAUUGUGAUGUUAUAAAAUUUGUUCAUUAUCUGAUAAUCAACGAUAUUUUAAUGGAGAAUCUCCGUGGUGUGGAUGAAAGAUUCAUUUCACCGUUCAUUACGUUAGGAAGGAAAGCUGACGAAUUGAACAAUGGGCAAAUGCAAAUGCUUUUGCCACUGUAA